AUGAACCCAUCGGAAAUCAACAUCAAGUUUUUUAUGUACACUUGUAAGAAUAAGUAUCGGCCUUAUGAGAUCAAGUGGGACGCUGAUGAUGAGUACGUAAAAAAAUCACCCUUCAUCAAGGAGAAACGAACUGUCUUCAUAAUUCACGGUUACUUGGAUCUGUAUGAAGAAAUGAACUGGAUGGGGGACCUAAAGGACUUUAUCCUCGACGACCAGCGUGACGAGAAGGGGCCCAACUGUGGACACAAUGUCAUUGCCGUUGACUGGCACAACGGCUCACAGGUGACGCUGUACCCGAAGGCGGUGGCCAACACGCAGAUGGUGGGCGCGGUCGUCGCCGGCCACAUUCGACAGCUGAUUAGGGUUUAUGAUAAUCUCACGCCAAAUGACUUCACCGUGGUGGGACACAGUCUGGGCGCUCAAACGAGUGGCUUUGUUGGAAAGCACUUUCAAGGCGAGGGUGGAAAGCUGCGCAACAUCAUUGGUCUCGAUCCGGCUGGUCCCUCAUUCAGCGACAUCAACGACACCCACCGCCUGAACCCAAAUGACGCCAAGCUGGUGCUGACCAUUCACACUAACGGCGGUCAGGAGAUGGGCGACAACUUUGGCUUGCUGACGCCCCUUGGCCACUACUCCUUCUACCCGAAUGGCGGCCACCAGCAGACGGGCUGCGAGAAGACCAAGGCAGUGGCAAACAUCCUCCUGAAUGGCGUCGUCGGCGGACUGACUGACACGAUGGCCUGCAGCCACCGACGAGCCACCCGACUGGUGGCCUUCAAUGAAAGUCACCUGACGUACGCUCAGGCGGUGGCCUUUGCCUGCGCCAGCUACGAGGAGUACGCCGCCGGAAACUGUGGCACCUGUUCCGAUGCGGAGCAGUGCAAGCCAUUCAGCAACUGGUUCGGCUGGUGGCAGGAACAGGAGCCGCCGUCCACCUGGACCAAACCGGUCAAAUACUACCUGGACACCACUUCAACGAUUCCGUGGACUAUGUUUGCCAUCCAAGUCAUAGUUGAAACGGGCAACAUUGCCGUUCCGGUAAACGGUUCACUGGAGAUCACUCCUUUUGGUCGUUUCCGAAACGGCCCAAAGAUUUUGAUCACCGACAGGAAUGAGCUCGGCAAGAUUAAAGCCAACACCAAGUACAGCUACCUGAUGAAGGUGCCUAAAGAUCUGGGCCAGGUGCGUCAAGCGAUUGUCAACUGGAUAGACGGAGAAGAGGGCGCCAAAAUAUCCCUCAAGUCGAUUACCUUCAAUUUUCUCAGCCACAUUAAUUCAAA